GCUCAGUGCAAUCAAAGAGUAUCAGAAUGAAUGUGAAAGCCGCGCACAGAGAACGUUCACCGUGGAUGUUCAUUACUCCUGAGGGCUUGUUUUACUCAUGAGCUGUUGUGUCUGGAGAGAAAAAGUCAUGGGAAGAAGAGGGUCGCUACUUCCUUUGAUCCUGUUUGCUCUGAUGCUGAUGGACACUGCCGCCAAGAAUUGUGUGUGCAGUGGAAAGUCACGGUGUCACUGUGAAGGAGUGAAAGGGAGUAAGGGAGACAAGGGUGUCCCAGGAGUCCCGGGUCCCCCAGGACCAGAGGGCCGCAAGGGUGCAGAUGGUCAUGCGGGGCCCAUAGGACCAAAGGGCAACACUGGGCCGGAUGGACCUGUGGGACUUCCAGGGGAUCCGGGUCUUCAAGGCAAGGAGGGAUUUGCUGGUUCUCAUGGUUUACCGGGCAUCCCGGGACUACAGGGGCCACCUGGGCAAGCGGGGGCUCCAGGCUGCAAUGGAACAGAUGGAGAAGAUGGACCUCCUGGUGCUCCUGGUGCCCCUGGACUUGAUGGACGUCCAGGUCCACCGGGUGUUUCUGGACCAAAGGGCGAAUCUCCAGUAUCGGUUGAUGGAAACCCAGGACCACCAGGGCUUCCCGGGAGAGAUGGCGAGCCGGGACAGCCAGGCUUCCACGGAAAACCUGGACCAAGUGGAGAUCCAGGACCACCUGGUCCACUUGGACCUCCAGGCCGUGCAGGGACUCCAGGAACUAAGGGUCAAGAAGGUUUAGGUGCCACCCCAGGACCACGUGGACUAAAGGGGAGACAGGGCCUACGAGGACCACCUGGACCCCCAGGUCGGAUUAAGGAGUUCUUCACUGAAAGUCUUGUGUUAAAGGGUGCCAAAGGUGACAGAGGUGAUACAGGAGAUAAAGGCUGCAAAGGUGCUCCAGGAGACCCUGGUGGGGGCUCCUACACAAAAGGAGCAAAGGGAGACAGAGGUCAACCUGGUGCAGAAGGAAAGAUGGGGAAGGAUGGUGAGCCUGGACAAGCUGGAUUUAUGGGAAGGCCUGGUUCUAGAGGUGAUCCAGGGUAUCCAGGAACACAAGGAGCGAUGGGUGAAAAGGGGGAUAGAGGUCUCCCUGGCCCACCUGGGGAACUAAAUAUAGUGGCACCUGUGGACGGGCUGCUCAAGGGGUAUCAGGGAGACCCAGGUUUUCCAGGAGAACCAGGACUAGUGGGACGCCAAGGUGUUGAGGGAUUUCCUGGACCAAUUGGCCCACCAGGAGAAUCAUUUCAGAACAUUCCAGGUCCACGAGGUCCUGAUGGGUUUCCGGGUCCAAAAGGGGAUCCUGGGGAACCAGGCAAUACUUAUACAGGGCCUACUGGUCCAGAAGGAGAUCCUGGUGAUCAAGGGCCGAAAGGGGAUCAAGGACCACGUGGACCUCCAGAAGAAAAAAAUGGCAAAAUAGUCAAAGGUCAGCCAGGAAUGAAAGGAGUCAGGGGUAUAACUGGACCGGCCGGAUAUGAUGGGAUGUUUGGAAUGAAAGGGGAAAAGGGUGAGCCCUGCUAUGAGUGUACAGCAACAGGAUUACCAGGUCCAAAGGGUCCACCCGGUCCACCAGGACGACCAGGAUAUAAUCAAGGACCGGGUGAGAAAGGUGAUCCGGGUUUCCCAGGACUUCGAGGCAUACCUGGAAGUCCAGGUCUUGCUGGUAUAACAGGAGUUCCAGGCUUCCAUGGGCAAAAAGGAGAACCGUAUUCCUAUAUUGGUCCAGGGAUAAAAGGGGAGAGAGGAGACCCAGGAUACCCUGGCAGUCCAGGAAGAGACGGCCUCCCUGGGUCUCAAGGGUCGUCUGGUCCCAAAGGUGUUCAAGGUCCUCCAGGGGAUUCGUAUCCCUACUACAAUGGGAAGGGAGACAAAGGCUUCCCAGGUCCACCUGGGCCUUCAGGCAGACCAGGACCACAUGGUUACCCUGGAGCAUUUGGAUAUGGGCCUGCUGGAGCCCCAGGAACUAAGGGAGAUAUUGGGGUACCUGGCUUUCCUGGACAACCUGGAAUUCCAGGCCAGAAAGGAGAACCAAGCCACAUCUACACCAAAGGUCUUCCCGGACCUCGUGGAUUUAAAGGUCUACCUGGAUCACCAGGCAGACAAGGUGAUCCAGGGGUUCCGGGUUUCAUCGGCAGACCAGGCUUCCCUGGACAGAAAGGGGAAAUUGGUGAUACAUCAUUUCCUGGACGCCCAGGAGACCCAGGAGAGAAAGGUGAGAAGGGGGCUCUUGGUUCCCCAGGUCCCACAGGUGUGGGUCUCCCUGGCCGGCCAGGUCAACAAGGCCCUCCAGGUCUUCCAGGACUGAAAGGUGAUGGUGGUUAUGGAUACCCAGGCCCCAAAGGUCUUCCAGGACAACGUGGAAAUGAUGGGGCUGAAGGAGCUGGAGGAGAUCCAGGAAUCCCUGGGUCACCUGGAAACCCAGGAUUACCAGGAAAUCCAGGGUCACCAGGACAGAGAGGAAUGAAAGGGUUAGUUGGACCACCAGGACCACCAGGUCCUAAAGGCUUAUGCAAUGAUUCUCUUCCUGGACCAGCAGGUCCAGAUGGUGCUAGAGGGCCUCCGGGACCCAAUGGAUUGCCAGGUGAAAAGGGAAAUAAAGGCUCUCCUGGGUUAGGUAAACCUGGCCCACCAGGUGAGUCUGGUCCUCCUGGGCCAACAGUGCCAGGCCCCCAAGGUGAUACUGGACCAAAAGGAAUUAAGGGCCAAAACGGGCUACAGGGCCAAGCAGGACUCAGAGGAGACCCAGGACCAGAUGGGUUACAACGAUUUGGGCCACAAGGAUUUCCUGGAAUUAUCGGACCACCAGGACAAAUAGGUGACCCUGGUCAUGAUGGAAUUAAAGGUUCCUGGGGUCCACCAGGAAUGAUGGGGGACCCUGGUCCCAGGGGUCCUCAAGGGCCUCCAUCUCCAUUACCAUUAGACCUAAUUGGACCCCCAGGAGACCCUGGCCAACCAGGUGAGCCAGGUGCGGUUGGUUUCUGGGGAGAUACUGGAAGUAUUGGAAUAAACGGACAAAGGGGAAAUGCUGGCGCCCCAGGGAGGCCUGGACAAAGAGGUCCCACAGGUGAGCCUGGUAUUGAUGGCACAGUUUUCUCAAAAGGAAAUCGGGGACCUGCAGGUAUCCCAGGAGAUCCAGGAAUUAGAGGCAGCCCUGGGCCAAAGGGGACAAAAGGAGACCAAGGGAUCCCUGGACCGCCGGGCAUAAAUGGGGCACCAGGUCCAAGAGGUUACAAAGGUGACAAAGGAGAACCAAAUUAUUAUGGACUUGGCCCACCGGGACCGAUUGGACAAAAGGGGGAGCCAGGAAUAAGCCAUACACAUACAAUGAAGGGUCAAAAAGGAGAGCCCGGUACUGUUGGAUCUGUGGGUCUAACUGGAAGGCAUGGGUUAAAGGGAGAACCAGGAUCGGAUGGACAAAAUGGUUCACCAGGCUAUCAGGGGCCAAGAGGUUUAGAUGGGCCUCAGGGAUGGAAAGGACACAGAGGGCCAAAUGGACCACCAGGUGCCAAAGGCCCACCGGGUCCUUUUGGUUCUGCAGGUCCUAAGGGGAACCAAGGACAGGAUGGGAUUCCAGGACCACCAGGGCAGAAAGGAGAUAUAACUGGAUUAGAGGGCCCACCUGGUCCACGUGGUCUCCCUGGCCAACCAGGUGCUCCUGGGAAUCCUGGUACUCCUGGCUUGCCUGGCACAGGAGACCCUGGACCAAGAGGAGAAAGGGGACCUCCAGGGGCUUGUGGGGGCCCUGGUCAGAGGGGACCACUCGGAAGAGACGGGACAUGUGUCCCUGGGGCAAAAGGAGACCGUGGACCUUAUGGCGGUCAGGGUAGGCCAGGCUAUCCUGGCCCACCCGGACCCCCAGGCCCUUCAGCACCUGGUUUAAAAGGGAACAGAGGAGAGCCGGGCCCUCCAGGAAGUCCAGGCUACACUGGACACUCAGGAGAUCCAGGCAUCCCUGGUCCACCUGGUCCAAGAGGCCGACCUGGGGAUCCAGGCCCAAGAGGUGCUUCCGGCCUUCCUGGCAUAGAUGGAUUCCCUGGUGACCGGGGAGAUCCUGGAUACAUCCCAGGCCCAACUGGUCCACCUGGUGGGAAAGGUUUUCCAGGACAACCUGGCAUCAAAGGUGAACGAGGGUAUGCCAAGGUGAUAUAUGAACCAGGACCCCCUGGCUUACGUGGCCCUCCUGGCAACCCUGGACUGCCUGGAAACACUGGACCAGAAGGACCACCAGGCCAACCAGGUCCCAUAGGUGUCAAAGGAGUACAAGGUUCCAGCCCAGUUGGACCACCUGGGUUUACAGGUCGCAAGGGAGACAAAGGAGUGGCAGGUGUGCCAGGUCGACCAGGCAGCCCUGGAGAUCCCGGCAAGAAAGGUCCUGUUGGUUUACCCGGCAAAGAUGGUUCAGCCUACACAAUAAGCUUCUUGAUAGCACGACACAGUCAGAGCAACCAAGCGCCACAGUGCCCAGCAGGCACCAGUCUAAUUUACUGCGGUUACUCUUUCCUCUUCAUGAAUGGAAACGAGCGAGCACACGGUCAGGACCUCGGGACGUCGGGAAGCUGCCUCCCUCGAUUCUCCACCAUGCCCUUCCUCUUCUGUGACACAGAAACAAACUGUCGCUAUGCCUCUCGUAACGACUACUCCUAUUGGCUGUCCACUGACGCCCCUAUGCUACCCUCCAUGGUUGCCAUCAAGGGGGAGAGGCUACCCUUCCACAUCAGCAGGUGCUCCGUGUGUGAAACUACCUCACAUGUCAUAGCAGUCCACAGUCAGACAACUUUGAUACCAGACUGUCCCAGAGGUUGGGAGUCCCUCUGGAAUGGAUAUUCAUUUGUAAUGCAAACAGGUGCUGGUGCAGAAGGCUCUUCCCAGCCGUUGAUAUCUCCCGGAUCAUGCCUUGAACAUUUCCGUCAAGUGCCGUUCAUAGAGUGUCAUGGAAGGGGGACGUGCAACUACUACCCUGAUUCCUACAGCUACUGGCUGGCGCCAGUAAGCACCAACAUGUUCAGUAAACCUGUUCCUCAGACGGUCAAAGGGCCUUCCCUAGAAAGUGUCAUUGGCCGUUGUCGUGUUUGCCGUAAACAAUAGCAACCUGAGAAAGUCGACAGACGCACCGACACAGAAUGUUAGAUCACCAUGACAUUCCAACAGAAUUCCUGUAUUACUCCCAUAGAAAAAUUUGGUAUUUCUCCUUAUUUUUCCCUGUUUCUAAAGUCCCUAUUCAGUUUCUGGAGAUUUAUACAUGCAACCCAGGAGGUGCUGCUGCCAGAUGACUUCUCUCCAUGCAAGACAGAGCUUUUCUUCCUGCCACUAACACACACACCGGUGACCUGCAGAGAUGCACAUACAGAUGCUGAUCAAUGGACAUCAUUAAACAACUGUCGAGCAGCAAAGGCAAAUAAUAUUUUUAUUGCAAUCUAAUAGUUGUUAUUUCACUGAUAUUGAAAACAUGAUUUAAAAAAAAAAACAGAAAUUUGUCAUUUUUGGUUAGUGUUUAUAUUCAGGUCAAAACAGUAUACAGUUCGCGGUUCACACUUCACCGUUUUUUUUUUAGUGCUUUCUUUUUCUUUGUUACAGCGUAUGAAGGUUGUUACAGGCCGAGCCUGGCCCUUUAAGAAGAAUUGCAUUGUGGGAAGUUGAGUGUCUAGCUCUUCCCUCGCUCGUCUGUCUGCACCGCCCAUUGUUUUCUGCGUCCUGAUUGGCUGUAGACCAUUGUCAAUCAAUUUCCUUCGUGCCAUCCUGCCAUGUCUCCUGUGUCAUCGCUAGCUUGCUCGCUUGCUAGCUUGUAAAUGAAUCUUCGCUUCGCUGGAGCAAUACGUUUUAACAAGGAUACAAAAACGCUACAGUACAGUGAACGACGAAAAGGUACGGGAAAGGAGUAAAAUAUGCGUGAGUCAUCAUCUUGUGUUGAUCAUUAAGGUUGAUCAGUAACAUUCGAACGAAGAUUUGAACUUUUUUGGGAGUGUUUAAACAAGAUAGAAAUGUGGCAAAAUGUUAUUGCCUGUCUGAGAAAAGUGUACUGGUACUGGGGCCCAGUACUGGUCCAUGGGUGGGGCGGAACUGGGUCGAGGAAACCUUUCAGGCGCAAUGAUAAAAAAAUACACACAAAAAAAUAAUACUUUUGCAAAUAACUAAAUACAAUUUUCAGUAAAUGCAUAUCAAUUUUGGAAAUAUGGGCCAUUAUUUUUCUCAAAAUUAAUAUAGUUUGAAGUUUUUGCAUGUUUAUGUUGUUUGUUGCAAGUGUCCCACUUUGUUUGACAGUCCUUGAACGCACCAUUCUACAUGCGCUAGCUUUCUCCCACUCUGCACAGAUUGUCAACAAUACUGUAUUUCCAUCGGGGUUUUUUUACUUCAUAUUUGCUCCUAAAAGCUGAUACUAAGUGGGAAUGCAUAAAGUUUGAUGACGUUACUGAGUGCUAAUGUGCGUAUUUGUUGUGUGCACAGCUUCAAGUUAAUUCAUGCUAGCACACUGCCUGUUAGCACACACGUCAAGCAGCGGCGCUAUAAUCUUCUCUCUGAAAAACAAACUCCAAGCUUAUCGUGGUGGCUCUGUAUUCACUUUGUGCUUUUAAUUUGAUGUUGUUCCUGUCUUAGCUUUACACAAUGCAUACAAAAUGAGAUCAAUUACAUCGCUAUAAGAAAUGGAUUCACCUAUUCCACCUAUAAAGCCCUUUAUUAAAACACCUCUAAAAACUCUCCAACAACCUUUUAGUGUUUUAUAUACAUGCUGUGACCAUGUAGUAACAGGCACUUUCAUGAUAACAUUGUAAUAAUGAUAGUAUUGUGGUCAUUUUAUGUAUUACCGAAACCUCCUUCCCGGCUGCAUUGAUUUCACAGAGCCCAUAGCAACAAAUGCUACUCACGUGAACAACAGCAGCAUAGAGAGAGCGUUUGCUACCAGUAAUCAUGGCAGUCUUCGUGAGAGCCACCGCGACGACUGCAUUUUACUUUUACACCCCCCAGGCAGACAAUAAGGCAGAUCCAGCUAAGCCUUUCUCAUAGCAUUAGCAUGUAGCACUAGUGCUAAACCUUUCACAGACAAAAUAAAACACUUACAAUGUCUGCUCUCGCUGGGAUAACGACUGAUGGGAUGGUUGUCUUUCAGCACAAGACUCGUGCUCCCUGUUGAGCUGGUAAAUUAAUUUUAAACUAACAAGCGUUGCAGCAACUUCAGUAGCUUACGUUAACGUUUGUCACUAUGCCAAAAAAGUAAUUCUUCGGUGUUAGCGCCUACAAUAAAAAUGCCACUGUGGGUUGGUUAAUAUGCACACUGUUGGCGUUUUUUUAGGUUGUUUUGUUAGGACUUCAUAGACUUCAUUUACUGUGGAAAGCACACAAAAGGGAAAGACGUGUGUUUGUGUCUCUCAUAAGGAUUGUGGAUGAUGGGCAAAAAAAUGUUUAAGGAGCGAUAGUAAACAAAAUCAAUGAUUUUGUGUAUAAAUAUUCUGUAAGUAUUUGAUAAAAAUACAACCCAAACAACUUAUUUGACAGAUUUUAAAUCAGACUGAGAUAUAUCGCAAAGUAGACGACAUGUUUACACAAAUCUUAUGAUGUUACCAAAGCAUUGCUUAUAUGUUUGACACUAAAAUUCGCAAAAUUCAUAGUUAAGACAAAUCUGGCUAUCCAGUGAUCACCUGCUUUUAUUGAUUGAGCAAAAUGAUUUCCUUUGACUGUUUUUUUGUGCCCAAGCUAAAUAAUUCUAAAGUGCAAAUGGACGAUUAAAAUAUGAAUUCAAUCAAAUAAUAACAUGCAACUUUGAAAAGGUCACAACAUAAACGCAAUAAAUAAUACAUUCAAUAUCAUUAUUUAAGUUUAUAGUUCAUUAAUUAAUUCACUCAUUUGUAUUUUUGUUUGUUUUUAUUUUGGCAAAAAAUAAUCACAGAAAACUCCGCUCUCUCUAGCUCUGUGUUUUGCUGCAAAAUUGUGCUUUUGGGAUUAACAUUCAUCAUUUUCAAUUAACCCUAAAAACAUAUUGCUGCAGUUGUUGCACAAAAUCCUACGGAAUUCUCUUGAGAAAAGAUUCUGACCAAUGUCUAGUAUGUGCGUAUCUGUUAUAUGCUACUUUGUUGUGUAGAACACUGACUUUAUGGGCCUUAGAAUAAAACACACCUCAGUAUUUAGCAAAUGGAAUAUGAUUUUAAUGGCAGCUGUGCAAGCGGAAGGGGCCGAUAAUGCUAACGUAUGUUAAAAUUAAUGAAAUGAGUAGUGAGUCGAUACAUCUUACAGGGGUUGUAGUGUGCCAUGAGUGUUCAAUUACUGUAUUGCUGUGCAUUCAAGCUUGUGAUACAGUGCAUCGUAGGAAAUGUAGCAAUAGCUCCUGUAAUGUAAAUAAAAUACUCCCUUUGGUCACUACGUUAAGUACAAGAGCGGCAUAAAAAGAAUCUGCCUUUACAAAGCUAAAAAUAAUUCUCCUUUUUGACCGACACUGUCAUUUAACAAUAUGUUUAUUAUGGGGUUUGUAGGUUGCCGCGGUGUCAAGCUGCAUUGCAUCAUUCGGAGUACUGUUUCUCGCAUGAAUUUGUAUAAUUCCACAGGAAAUGACACAAAAUUUGAGAUGUUUGGGAUAUUAAUGAAAAAUAACACUUCUACUGCUGAUCUGCGGCACACAAAAUGGUGACAUGCAGCUGUGCUGUGUUGCCUGUACUAUUAUAUUCCGGACAAAUACACCACAUGGUAGCUCUGUUGUAAAAUCCCAAACUUUGACCCCAUAAGUGGAAUUGGCUUGAAAUUUCUCACACAGCUCGACACAUUCUACUAAAUACCCAAUGUAACUUUAGACUGUUUGGCCGAAUUACCAUGAAAUUAGGUACACACUUUUAAGGAACUGACAAACCCGUUUGUGUAAAAUUUGAAGAAGAUUGGUUGAAAAACAUGCUUGUCAUCAAGCGAAACGUCUUUGCAGGCAUGAGUGGGAUUUAGCAAGUAAUUGUCCAUAAGCCAUUGACCAUUUAUUUAUCUAAUGACUAUAACAAAUUGAGGAUAUCUGUAUUAAAAUGUAUGCUAACAUGUCUUCCUAAGCAUUUUGACCAAAAAUGUCAUAUGUAUAGUCAAUGUCCUUAAUUUAUAGUCAGUCGAUUAGAAUGUUCAAGAUUAUACUAGAACAUGGAAAUGUAGAAACAUUGGAAAUAUUGGAACAAAAGAAAAAAACAGCAAAAAAAAGUGCAAAUGAAGAAAAAGUUCAUACCAAUAAUGUGCUUUUUCACCUGUUUCACAAAGCUGAGAUGCAGGAUGUGUUUCUUUAAGUAUACAGUAUAUACGACUGAUUGGUUUACAACCCUUGCAUCCUUUGACUUUUCAGUCUGCGGCCCUCAAUGGAAAAAGUUUGGACACCCCUGGCUAAACCUUUCAUAUUAUUGUAACGUUAUUGGUUUUAGUUUAUUACAAACAUGCUUAACAUUGAAGUAUGUUUAAGUCGGAAGAAGCAGAGCUUAUUUAAUCCUAACCCUUGUAGUGUCUCCGCAAUUACUGAUAAAACAUUUGUUGACUUCUUGUGUUUCAACAUAAGGUUGCCAGCUGGCCCUAAAAAAACAACUUGUCCCCAAAAUCGAGCUGAAAAGUGACGCACUUUUAUUGCCGCAUCUCAUUGGUUAAAGUACUGUGGUUUGUAUAACAGAUACCAGAAGACAAAGCCGACGAUAAAAAAAAGCAUUGUCAACAAAGACGACGACGUUUCACAGGUUUGAGUGAAAAAUAGUACAAAAAUUGUGUCACACAAAUAAAAAAAUGCAACAACAAAAAAAAUUAUCAUGCUGGUAGGGGUGAAGGCGAACAAGGUCUUAUUUAUUUUUCCAGGGGUCAACAACCUUAGUUUAACAUGUUCAAUGUUCUACGUUUCAAGAAUGUAAUAAAAGAAUAAAAGUCCAUGAAUGAUGCAAGACUUUGCAGGUUGCUGUCGCAACACGUCUUCCUGUGUGGUCAUGGGAAUGUCGAUGUUGUCAUUUAUUGCACUCGCUGUAAAAGCUUCUUGAUUUGGAAUUCGACCAACUUUGAGUCAUUUGUGCCAUCACUUUACUUUGUUAAUAAAUAUUAGCAUGUUGAAUUGUGUUGGGAAAAGGUUACAUUAUAUGACUUAUUCAUGUGGCUUGCUUCCCUUAUCCGUCUAUGCAGCUGCCAUCAAGUGGCUAAAAAACAGCAAAAAUACGUUGUAGGUAUUUCAUCACUGGAUGUUUCUGCUCUAUUCACUCAGAAAACGAUCCUGAGAGCAAUGCCUCCCUAAGGAGCUGUUACUUAAGCCUGCACAUCCAUAUCUGUCACUGCAGGGAUCAAUACAUGACAUCCCCCCACCAUGCAUUUGGUCCAAAAGGAAACAACACCAACACCCAAAAUACCAUUGUUGUUUUGGCACACACACAUAUUCCAUGUCAUCCAUUGCUGGCAGUCGAAAAUAACACAUCUUAUGUAAGAGUGCACAGAACACAUAACAGUUGAAGAGGAGCGCAAACCUCUUGUGUGGAAAGCCCCGCAUGGAUUAUUUUAAGCAAUUUUUGACAUUUGUCUUUGCCGCGUAACAGGAAACCGUGAAGGUUGUCAUUUAACUGAGAAACAUGCAACUCAGAGUUGUGGCAAAUCAACAUGCUCAACCCUAAAUCUAAUUUUAAUACCCACAGUAAUGCUAGUGGCAGUGAUAAUGCAUUUUAAUGCAGUCACACCUCGGUUUUCGAACACCGCCAUUUUCCUGUGAUUUGGUUUUCCGCAAAAAAAUGUCCCCAAAACCGUCUUGGUUAUUGUAGAAUAGGGCACUGAACACAACGUUUACCCUGUACUGUAUCAUCCCGUUGAAUCGAAUGCCCAAACAAAGCACUGAUAAAGUAAUUUGAUAAAGAAUUUGCUAAAGAAGGUGAGAAACACUGUAGAAUUCAAGAAAGAACUCAUCGCAAACUACAAAGAUGGCCUCCGCGUGGCCGAUCUCACCAAGAUGUCAUCAACAAUACAAUACAAGUUCCAUCUUUGCAAAGAAAUACAAAAUGAAGGAAGCUAAUGUUGCAAAAGGGGUUAAGAUGUCAACAAAACAGAUCGCAAACGCUAAUCUUAGCAGUCUAAGAUCUGGAGAAAUUGUUGUCGGUGUGGAACCGAUGAAUUGGAUUUAAAUUAUUUGAUAUGGGAAAAAUUGUUUCGGUUUUCAUAUACGAGACAGACCUUUGGGGAUGCAUUAUUAACAAAAAACGAGGUGUUUUCUAAUAUAACUAGACAUCCAGUACUGUCUUUUUUGCUGAUUACCCGUAUGCCGAUAUUGUCCAACUCUCAAUUUUUGAUUCCUAUAUCAAUUGAUAUGUGUCACAUAUGUCUAUCUAUCUAUCUAUCUAUCUAUCUAUCUAUCUAUCUAUCUAUCUAUCUAUCUAUCUAUCUAUCUAUCUAUCUAUCUAUCUAUCAAUGCGGGAAAACCUACAUGAUGAUGAGAUGGCUUGGCAAACUUCUGAUUGACGAAGUCGGCGGCACAUGCGCGCAUGGAUUUUAAGGCCACACCUGAAACACACUUGUUUCCUUGUUUGACAUUAUGGGAAAACCAAAAGAAAUGAGCCAAGGUAUCAUGAAAAGAAUUGUGGAGCUCCACAAGUGUGGUUCAUACUUGGGUGUAGUUUCCAGAUGCUUGUCGGUGCCCGCCCAUCUCUUCAAGCAAUAGCAUAAAUAACAUGACUGUUGGCCAAACAGUCAGGAGAUCUCAACGAUCUGGGUUUGGGCUAGCAGGCUCGGGCUCGUUUGUUAGCGUCAUACCCUAAGAAAUGUGGUCGCCCUUAAGUGUCAAAAAGCAUUUUGUGAACGCUCACUAUGUAAAACGUGGCUUUAUUAGUGGUAUUUUGACACUGUAAAGUCAAGCGUCAAACAAUCUUGAAUGCAGCAUAGAACUCCCCCUUGACAUGAGCAAGAAGUGACGUUCCAAGCAGAUGGACGUCACCUUGAAUUAAAGACAUCCGAAGGCACCGAACACGGCCGAGUGCGGACGGUUAUCAGCUCCAAAGUGUGUGCUACAGCGUGUGGCCUUCCUAACAGGAUUAUUCCACUCACGGCAUUGCACUUCUUAAAUGUUUAGGUAGCUUCACAUUGCUAAUUGUGUUAGCAUGGCUAUUUGUUGAAAGGUUGAUGCGUCUCAAGGGUGUCUUGAUUCAGAAGGACAGUUUGCUCCAUAAAUUCGCUGCACGCCCAUGACACCGCGCAAGAUUGGAUAUUAUGUUGGAAAAUAGUGCAGACUGAAAGCCAAAGUAAAGGAAUUAUUGGGUUUGUUGCUCUGGGCAACCUAUCAUUUAUUUUUAAUACACUGUGGUGAGUACUGAUAGAAAUGCUUACUUAGCUUUUAAGAUGAAGUCCCAUCUAGGCAGGAACAAGAUGAUGCCAUGAUGGUCAUUGUCAAUAUCCAUCAUAUAUAUAUUUUUUAUCGUUAAUUAAAAUAACUCUUCUUACUCAUUCCCACAAUGCUCGUUCCACUUAUUCUCAUAGGUGUCACCUUUAUCUUCUUCCCCCUGGCAUUUCCUUUAUUCUUUUUAUCACUUCCUAGCUCAGUUUCUUUUAAACUUUGGCACAAUGGAGUGCACUACUCAGCUGCAACCAGCAGAGGCACUGUUGCGUCAGUCUCAACUAGAUGUUGUGGCCUGAAGAGCAGCCAUGUGAUAUCAGCUAUGGAUAGAAACAUUUUUUACUUGUAAUGGAAGACAUUUUCUUCUUGAAUAGCAGUGAUGUGUAGUCACCAAUCAUGCUGAAAAAUUGUAAUUAAAAAAAAAAAAAGAUUAACAACAUGAUGCCUACCAUCACGCUGCACACUGAGUUGGAUCACGGCACCUGCCGGUUGCUGUUUGUGAGCAUGUGGCCAAGAAUAUAAUGCUGCAGAAACAUUUAUUAUACAGCAUGACUUUUUACAGCCAGUGUAAUGUCUUUAAUGUAAUUGUGACAUCAUUAUUCUUGCUAAUCAGACAACAAAAUACACACAAGUGUCUUAAGAGGGGCACGUGCAAUACAGUUGUAUCCCGAAGGCGUCUGGCAUGUGUCAGCUGGAAGGCUCUUGUCACUGACGUCCUACAGAGGAAAAAUAUGAUUUUUUUUUUUUUUUUUGCUAGUACUAGCUAGCAGAUUAUGAAUGAAUUUGAUUGCCAAGAUGGAGGAUUAUAUGAUAUAUAAUAUUAUAUGAUGAGAGGAAAUAAGACUGACAAGUUAGCAUUGGGAGAGUUCCUUGUUCUUUUUUUUUUACUUUGUAAAAAACAAACCUGUUACUUGUUACUUACUUGUUACUUUUUUUUUUACUUCCUGUUCUGGACAGUGCUUCCUGUGGUGGCUAUUGUCUCAUAUAAUAUUAUCACAGAGUGACCAGUGCAGAAUACCACAUAUCAUCACAAUGUUUUUGAAUGCGUCGUUUGAAUGCCUUAUAUUUGUAUUUUAGUACAUUUAGCCAUUUUUUAUGCUUGAAAAUACUUCAUUUAGGCAGGGUCUCUUCUGUUUUUGUUGCUUAAUUUAUUGGUAUAUAUGUUUAUGUGUUUAUGUUUCUUAUGUUCUUAUUCUUUCUUGUGUUUUCUUUCUUUUCUUGGGAGAAUGAACAGAAUAAGAUUUUCAUUGCAUGGUAUAACUGCUGUUUUACCAUGCACAUGA